GUACUGCAUUUCACAGAUUUGAAUCAUUGACAUAACAUCUUAUAAAGCUGUUCAAUUGAUUUAAUUUAAGUUUUUAGAGUAAACAUGUUAAGAAAGAAGUAGAAAAGAAAACAUUUCAGGGAGGAAUACCGUAGGAAAAAAUUAAUUUCGAUCGCCAGAAGUUCAAAGGUAAAAGUGUUGCGAAGUGUUUACUUUGUCAAAAAGUUUUGAAAAACACAGGUUAUAUGCGACUAAAGGCCCACAGGCCAGUUUUCAAAAAUGACAAAGAUGGAGAGUUGGAGAAGCAGCUUAGAGACCUGAUGCUUCCUUUAAAACAACCAAAAUCGUUUAUUCUAUGGUCACAAUUGCGAAAAGUAAAAAAAAAGGAGCGCAUUUCGGUCAAGAAAACAAGCCACGAAAAUGAUAAGAUUUCAUCUCUGAACAAGUCCUUCGUUACUGGAGUUAAUGCGGUUACUCGAGGGCUGGAAAGACGUGACUUAUGUUUCGUGCUUCUUGAUUCUAAUACCGAACCAAUCCUCGUCAAGCACAUAGUUACAAUGACUGAGAAUGAAAAUAUUCCAGUUGUUUUAAUACCUUUCCUAAAAAUUGUUACUUUGGAAACUUUAGGAUUUGAAAGUGUUGCCUUUGCGUUAAAGAAUGAUGUCAAGAAUUCAAUGGAUCACCACUUUCAUGCUUUAUACAACAAAAUAUCAGAAUUAUCUGCCAGUUUUAUACGACCAAACCUUCUGGUUCAAUCGUUUCCAAAAAAGGUUUCAAAAGAUGAGACUAUAGAAAGCAAUCCAGUUGCAAUUUUAAAUCGUCAAAAUUUUAAAAUACAUACAUUUACAACUUAUACGUUAUCAUCGAACUUUUAUUUAUACCGUUUGUCAACCAGAGAACGAAUUUUUGUACCUAAAGGAUCAAAUUCGACUAUUAUUUCUUCGCCUCCUUCUAAAGACUGGAAUGAUUUCAUACCUUUGGUAGAGGAUCCUAGUCUAAAGUCUUCAAGAGAUGUGAUUUUGGGCAAGAAAAUUGAAAAAAUACGCGCAAAGGCAGAAAGAUAUAUGGACUUUUGUAAUCAGAUUGGUGACUUAAAUGAGAAAAUUUCUGUCACGAACGGUAAUGGCGAGAUUUUUGGUUUUCUUGAUGCAAGUUAUAGUGAAGUAAUUAUUAAAAAUAAUAAUACUAAUGACAUUUUAGAAAGAGCAGAAUUGAGUAACAACGAGAAGAAUAUUAAGGAAUGUGCAACAACAGUUUUCAGUUAUAUUCCUCUCAAAGUCAAACGAAUGCAAGGAAAUAGUAGUAGAAUAAAAUGUACUAAAGCUCCGAAAUCUAAGAAGAAAUAGUAACACCAAUUGAUAAUGCUUACACUGCAAUACGCUAACUGGUACAAAGUAUCAGAAUUAGAAAGAGUAUAUCGAAUUUUAAAGAUAAAUUUAAAUUUUUGCAUAAAAGUGUUUUGACAAUUGUUUUGUUGAAUUUAAAAAAAUUAUUGCUUACUUAAAAUAAAAUAAGGCUUUAGCGAAAACAAAGUGUUUCAGAUGGAAUUUCGAUCCAUUACAGUGAAAAAACACAUUUCUUCACUAUUUAUUACUUAUAGUAUUUAUUGCGAUUUGUUAGACUUAAUAAAUAAACCUUGAAAUACAU